UCUUCAAGUUGUCCCUUUGGUUGUUUCGGCGUCAAUCAUGAAACGUCAGAGCACCCAGUGACUAGAUUUGGACAGAGCCCCUUGCACACAAAAGAGAGCGGUAUCUUCAAGAAUAUGAUCAGCAUCCUCUUGUGCAAAUAUAAUACAAUAUCAAUCCAGAUAUAAAGGGUAAAUGGAAGAAACAUUCUGCAAAAGUGAACAUCCUGAAGUGCAAUGUUCGUCUUAAAUCGUAAUGAAAAGUGGAGAAGCCAUGGUACUGAGAACAUCUAAGCUUGGCAGGAACCUCAGAAUCCAGGAACAGAGAUUAAUUAGAAAUAGUCACUUCAGUGGGAGCCUUUUCUCUCUGGAUACGUUAAUUUGAAACUGGAAGACCAAAGCUGAAUAAAAUUCACCAAGUGAAAAUCAUUAUUUUGUGAAUGUGUUCUCAGAAUUGACAUAAGAUUUUUGUAACUAUAAUGACUGAAUGAUGAAAGCAGAUAAAAUGGAAGAGUCAAUGUACAAUCACAGUGUAAAUAUUUCUGAAGUUAUCUAUGAUGGCACCAGGCCCCAAUUUACAGACUUUGAUUCAUGCCAAGCAUCUUCACCUGUAAUGUUUCUGUUAAUUCUUGCAUAUGGUACAGUAACUAUUGUAGGGCUCUUUGGUAAUCUCUGCCUUAUUUUCAUCAUAACAAGACAGAAAGAAAAUCAUAAUGUCACUAAUAUCCUGAUUGCAAAUCUUUCUGUAUCUGAUAUUCUUAUCUGUGUCAUGUGUAUUCCUUUCACUAUUGUCUAUACACUGAUGGAUUACUGGAUUUUUGGAGAUGUCAUGUGCAAAGCAAACUCAUUUGUCCAGUGUGUAUCUGUUACUGUGUCUAUACUUUCUUUGGUUCUGAUUGCUAUUGAAAGACACCAGCUAAUUGUAAACCCACGUGGCUGGAAGCCUAGUGUCUCCCAUGCUUGUUGGGGGAUUGUACUCAUCUGGUUCAUAUCCCUAAUAAUCUCCUUCCCCUUUAUCACAUUUCAUUUGCUUACAGAUGAACCUUUUAGAAAUGUCUCUUUGCACUCAGAAUUUUACAAAGAUAAAUUUGUCUGCAUUGAGAUCUGGCCAUCAGAAACCGAUAGACUAGUCUUUACAACCUGUCUCCUUGUGUUUCAGUACUUUGCUCCCUUCUGCUUUAUAUUUGUUUGCUACCUAAAAAUCUUUAUAUGCCUAAAGAAAAGAAAUGGCAUGGCGGAUAAAAUGAGAGAAAAUGAAAAUCGGAUAAAUGAAAGCAAAAGGAUAAACAUGAUGCUGGUUUCAAUUGUAGUAGCAUUUACAGUCUGUUGGUUACCAUUGAACAUCUUCAAUGUUGUCUAUGACUGGAAUCAUGAAGCACUGAUGAACUGCCACUAUAAUCUUGUAUUUACAAUAUGUCAUUUAUCAGCAAUGAUAUCGACCUGCAUUAAUCCCAUCUUUUACGGAUUUCUCAAUAAGAAUUUUCAGAAGGAUUUUAAUAUGCUAAUUCACUGCAAAUACCAAGCUACUCAAGAAGAGUAUGAAAAUAUUGGUCUUUCAGCCAUUCAUACAGAUGUAUCGAAAUGCUCCCUGAAAUUAAACAAUUCCUUCCCAAAUACCUAACAGAUCAUCCAAAUUAAU